CGUCAUUUGAGACGGUAAUUCGCACGGGAAGCCUCGGGAGGGACUGUCCUGGUGGCCUAGGGCGCAUUUCUAUGGCUGUAUUGUAGACUGGAUCUGAUGGUCAGGUUGUGGAAUGUGUGGUAUGCGUGCAGGAAGCAACCAAGAGCUCGGCGUAGGGUCGGAGCAAACCAUUAUUCAUGUAUACAAACCGCGUGUUCUACUUUUUAAUACUCACGCCGUGUUCUGGGUUGAUUCGAACGCUUUGUAACACCCCGUGGGUUCGCGAGAUACUGAUCUGUCUUCGAAGAAACAAAGCCGAGAUGUUUGCUAGGCGGUUAAACAACCCCCGCGGAUGAGUGACGAAUGGUUCGUUCCACAGUAGGUGGGUCUUUCCUGCGGGCAACAGAACGAAGAUCAAUGAACCAGGCGAUUUACCGAAACUGUUUGGACGGCCUGAGGUGGGAAUAAUCCAUCCACACGGUAAUAUAUAUAGUUUUGAUUAUUUUUUUUUUAAAAUAGUUUGUUUGUUUUUUAGCUCGUUGGCACGUCGAACCUUCCAAAUACUGAAAUAUUUAUUUAUUUCCCCCCUCCUGAGCGACCGACACUAUAAGAGUGCGAUGUGGAAAAAUUACAGUUCUGCUGCAGCCUAAUAGAGCAUUGUCAAUUUGUUAUUGUACCGGACAAUAUUCUUCUAUUCAACGCCGACUCAAGGACAAAAGGAAUUAACAAUGAUCUUUGCAAACACCGCCAAUCCAGUCAGGACACCUUAUCGAAAGCAGCCUCCUGUUGCUCCGCCCACACUCCCAAUGGCUCCGCCCAGCCCAAGCACUAAUAGCAGCACGAAUAACAGCAGCAGCAACAGCAGCACGACCGGAUGGGAGCAGCUCAGCAAAACCAACCUCUACAUCCGCGGCCUGCCCCCAUCCACCACCGACCAUGACCUUGUCAAACUGUGUCAGCCGUAUGGGAAGAUAGUCUCCACAAAAGCCAUCCUGGACAAGACCACAAACAAAUGCAAAGGUUACGGCUUCGUGGAUUUCGACAGUCCGGUGUCCGCGCAGAAAGCCGUGGCAGCGCUAAAGAACAACGGAGUUCAAGCUCAGAUGGCCAAGCAACAGGAACAAGACCCAACCAACCUGUACCUGUCCAACCUGCCGGUGUCCAUGGACGAGCAGGAGCUGGAGAACCUCCUCAAGCCCUUCGGACAGGUCAUCUCCACUCGCAUCCUCAGAGACGCGCACGGGAUGAGCCGAGGUGUAGGCUUCGCCAGGAUGGAGUCUACAGAGAAGUGUGAUGCUGUGAUCUCUCACUUUAACGGGAAGUUCAUCAAGUCCACGUCUGGAAUGCUUGGCGCAUCCGAGCCGCUGCUCUGUAAAUUUGCCGACGGAGGCCAGAAGAAGCGGCUGAGUCAGACUAAAUACGUCCCCAACGGACGAAACUGGACAAGGGACGCCGAGAGUGGGAUAACGUUGACCUAUGACCCCAAUGCUGCUGCGCUCCAGAAUGGGUACUACGCCCCUCCCUACAGCAUGGGGAACAGGAUAAUGACCCAGACAGCUGUGUCUCCCUACAUCACACCUGUCUCCACUUACCCGGUUCAGAGUCCUUCCUGGAUGACACAUCAGCCUUACAUUAUGCAGCAUCCGGGAGCUGUACUGUCGCCCUCUAUGGAGCACCCUAUGUCUCUGCAGCCGUCCUCCAUGUUGGCUCCUCUGGCCCAACAGAUGGGCCACCUCUCUUUAGGUGGCACUUUUAUUCCGGCAAAUACACAUAUGCAAGGAGCGUACAUUCCUCAGUACGCUCAUAUCCAACCCGCUGCCCUUGCCACCGAGGUACGUCCUACUCGUCACUUCAGCUACUAUGAUCCCAGUGUGCAGCCCCAGGACGUGAACUCCAGCGAUCCCUCCACCUACCCGUUCCAACCGAACAAGCAAUAAAAGGGUGAGCAGUUGGAGGCGGAGUCAAACGAGGGCUGCUAUGACUACAGGCUUAUCUUCCUUGGAGAGGAAGUGACAUCACAGAGGAAAAGACACCAUUUUUUUGCACAGGUUCAAAAAACAAACGACAAUAACGACGACACAAAGUCCACGGUUUAAUCAACUUCAACAACCUCAAAGACCCGCAGCAGGUGCAUCAGCAACCAAAACAAUGCAACUCAUCACAGACAGACAGACAGACAGACAGACAGACAGACGGACGGAAGGGGAGAAGUAGACGUUUUUAUUUUGCUAAUGAACGGAAACAAGACGGACGCUUAUUUUUUACCAAGGACUUCGGCACAGACCAAAGUCUGUGAACACUGGACUCCAAGAAAAAAAAAAAAAAAAUGCAGUGUGCUAGUACCUUUAGAUGCAUGAGAGGACUUUUUAGUAUGGUUUUUAGUGUGUUUUUACUGACCGUUUAUCACACACACACACACACACACACACACACACACACACGAAAAGAAAUUUUGCUGUGGUAGUAGCAACGGGGAGGUUUCUUUUUUGCUUUUGUCUUCCGCACUUUGCCUUCUUGGUCCGUAGUAACAGAAAUUUGCCUUGUAAAUACUCUAGAGCGGGGUUUUAGAUUAUAACGCCCGGCGGCCGUCGUCGCUCUUCUCUCCUGUCUGUCGAAGCGGAUAAUUUCCCAUGCUUUACUUUUAGGUCGUUCUCUGCGAGCAGAAUCGUGUGAACGCGUGCGUCGCGGGAAAGACGAACUCCGCUGCCGUCUGGAGUCUCCUUGCCUUUCUUUCCAGUCAAACUCGAUGUGGUAGUGGGUAGACGACGAAAAGCUGUUGUUAGGUUUGGUGGGUGGGGUUCGGGAGGGUUAUGGAAUUUGUGGGUGGGGCUUGACGGGCGGAGUUUGGAAUAUAGAAUACAGGGGAAGCGCUCGACGUCGGGGAGACACGCCGUUAUAUUAGUAGUUUUUCAGAGAGCAGGGUUAUGACGCUUGUUUGUUUUUGUUUUUGUUUAUUUCCGAUGGCAGUUUGUUCUUGUAUGUUUGAACAUAGUGUGUAGAAAUUUCUUGUACUGAGAGGCAGACGUGCAAUGUUUCUUUAGAUAGAAAGCCAGAGUUGUACAGAACAAGAGUAAAAAGAAACGCAAAAAAAAAAACUGAGAGAGUGAGAGAGAGAUUGUUUUUUUUUUUUUUUAAUAACUAAAUCAAUCAUUGGGAAGGAAAUCCCGGAUUUUUCUUCUCGUCCGCGCGACGAUUUUGUCCUUACGCAGUUACCCCUCUAGUUCAUGGGCAAUAUUAAGGGCUGCAGCUGUCAAUCAGAAUCUUAUAUAAGAUGCGGUGACUUUAGAAUGGAAUGACAAACGGACACUACCGGUCAAAAGGUUUAAAGACGCUCGACCGAAAUGUUUCUCAUGAUGUAAAAAAAAAAAAAAACCCCUGUUUUUGAUCUGAAGGUGUGUGAUUAAACGUCUGAUAUCGGUGUCGUAGACAAAAAAUAUCAUCGUAUUCAUUUCUUUCAUUGGAAAACCAUUUUAUUCACGGUAAUAUUUCGAAACGGCGGAGAGAAAUUUUCCGGAAAGCAGGCGAUGAGAGUGUGAACUCCUUCAAUACUGUUUAAAACGCAUCUCAGGGGGGAAUUCCUCAAGAAACCGCUCGAGAACACGCCAAGAACACGUUUCUGGAAAUUUCUAGGCGGAAAAACUUCAAUUAUUUUUGAGUUCUUUUUUUUUUUAAUCACAACAUAAUUCCCAUAGUUCCACUUGUGUUCUUGCAGAGUUUUCAUGACUUUAUUAUUCUUCUAAAAUGGUGGGAAAAUACUGAUAAGAAUAAAGAACGAGUGUGUCUGAACGUUUGACCGGUAGUGUACAUUCUGUUAAAAACAGCACGCGAGAGCAAAACCUUCAGACUCGAUGAAGGAUAAGCUCUCGGGCGUUACGUUUCGAAUCGAGUCCUGCAGAGGAAAGAAUUAAGGCAAUAAAAAUAGAAUAAAUCCAAAAUCAAGGCAAUUACUUUCCACCAAAGACCAUCGAAAAAAAAGUUCCCAUCGGUAUGGACUAACGCUACGGUGCAGGUGUACGCUCGAUAAAUACGGAUAUUUGGAAAUUGUGCCUUUUUUUUGCCAACUCGGUUACGAUCAUGUUUGUAUUCGCUUGUGUACUCGGACAUGAAGUAUCUGAGAGUAAGGAGAAAUACACGGAACGCUAAACUAAUCAAAGGCUAACGAGGCAGAUUCAAAAGAGGCUUUGGUCUUUAACGUAGAUAGUUAAACGGAGUCACGUGUGUCGGGUUUUUUUUCGUUUUUUCGUUGUCGUUGUUUUUUUUUGCGGCCGUUUUCUUUUGAUGUCCAGGUCAGCUUGGCCGUCAAUCUACCUCAGAGUUGUAUCUGUCGUCUGAUUGGUCGGGUUUGCAGGUCUAUCCUGCCCAAUCAGAAGGGGAAAAACACCAGCUCUGGAGCUGGGAUCAUACAGGACUUCACAUUUAACACAUCUGUUCGUCCACUUCUUUAAAAAAAAAAAAAAAAAAACCAAAACAAAAAAAAAAACAAAAACGAAAGAAGAAGCUUUUGUGGGUUUUAUUCGUGUCUUUUUUUUGUUUGUUCUCUUUUUUGUAUUUUGAUGUCUGGCUAUCUGGAGAGUUACUAAACACAAUACGGGCGGUGAGAAAAGCCUGCGUGACUGCUUCCAAAAAGAAAAAAAAAAUAAUCGUUACGGAUAUGUCUCAUGAGAAGAUGAAUUACGUUCGAUAUCCAAACAGACCACAAGCUCUACUGGAUCUUUGCAGUCUCGUUCAGUUUACUGAGGCUUCAUUCAAGCAACCAAAGUAAUACAUUGUCAAAGUGAGAAGUGUGUGUGUGUAUAUAUAUAUAUAUACACACAUACAUAUUGAUGAGGGACAUUUUUCAGUUUCACCUGACACAGUCCUUCAUGUCAACAAUGAGGUGAGUAAAGGGAAAAAAGUUCAUGAAGUAAUGACACCCAGGUUUCACAGAAACGCUGACACUUUUUUUAUAUUGCUUAAUUGUACACACGCCACGCUUUUGUCAGUGGUAACUUGUACGUCCAACAAUAACAACGACGAGAAAACCUGCUCCUGUGUUUUUAUUUCUAUUCUUCGACCUGUCGAUCUUUUUUUUUUUUUUUUUUUUUUUUUAUUAUUUGAUUUUAUUUAAACGCUUUUUAAUCUUUUAUUUCUAUGAUGAUUUCCUCUGUGAAAAACUUUUGAAUUAAAGACAGAGCUCAAACCUG